AUGUCUACCACUUCAUCCACCACAGACACAUUUUCUGUCUUUCUGCAGGGGUUCCUUUCAAACACUGCACACUUCUUCAACCUCCUACAUAGCACCGACCAACCAGCCAAUUCCAUCAGAAAACGGUACCGCUUCAAACAAGCAGCUUUUUGCGGAUACCCCAACGAUCUGAACCCCCAAGCGAACCCCCUGUUUGGACAAGCAGGAAUCUACGUCGAGGGUUUGACGAGGGAGGAAGUUCGAAAGAUUGCCGACUUCAUGACAGGUUAUACAAUGAAGCGGGCCGUGGUGGGGAUGAUGUGCCUUCAUGGAAAGGACCUCACCAGGAAAGCUAUCGUCUGGGUACAAAUCCCGACGAACCAAACGACCCAAACCUGGAACGGAAAUCAAAACUCAGUCAACGGCGGAAGCGGACUUGGAGAUUCGAAUGCGAAUCAUAGCGGCAACGCUUAUGGAAACAACCACCAAACCGAGAGCUACGGUCUCAAUGGGGCUGCUGAGGCAGCUUAA